UGCUGCCUUGUGUCCAUAUUGUCUCUGGAACGGUUCUCAUGAGUAAGCAUGGAAGAAAAUUGAGGCGAUUCACAGCCAGGCAGCUGGAUUUCCAACCUCAAGAUGACGCAUACUGUCAUUUAGUUUCAGGUAGACCUGAAAAUCCAAAUUGAUCUCUCGCUGUCUGACUAGCAGGCAGCAGCACUAAUACUAUUUUCGACGGCACUGAGCCUCGAGGGCUGGUUAUAAAGUCUGCCACAAAUCCCGGGUCAGAUUUCGGAAAUCGCGCAAACAAGAAAACUCGCGUCGAGAUAUUCCACCCAUCCAACAGCGUCUGCAAAAAUGACAACGAAAGAAGAUUCACCCGGUCCUCCACCGCCGCCAACCCUGGUAUUUACCAGCGAUGUUUCCGUCUCAUCAUACGCCGUCUCCGUGGAGACCUACCUUUCCGCCCACCCCGAAUUCGACGCCUUAGCCGUCGGGGCCAUUGUCUUCUCCACCACCCCGCCGGCAAACCCCGAGGCGCGCGACCACGUGCUGCUGAUCCAGCGCGCCGCGCACGACUCGAUGCCGUCGCGGUGGGAGGUCCCCGGCGGCGGAUGCGAUCUCGACGACGAGAGCAUCCUGCACGGCCUGGGCCGCGAGCUGUGGGAGGAGAGCGGCCUCGUGCUGACGGCGGUGAUCACCCAGGUCGGCGACGGCCGCGUCUUCUUCACGCGCCGCGGCCAGCGCGUGUGCAAGUACACGUUCGAGGCAGAGGUCCAGGCCCAGGAUGGGGUCGUGCCCGGCGUCACGCUGGACCCCAAGGAGCACCAAGCCUACCUCUGGGCCACCGAGGAUGAGUGUCGCGCGCGAAGGAAGGGCGAUGUUGAGCUGAAGUUCACCACCAAGGAUGAGGAGGCUGCCAUCAUGGAGGCCUUCCGGUUGCGGAGGGUGAGGAGAGAUGCGGUGGCAAAGGCAGAGGGCGGCCAGGUGCAGGAACAACAGGCUUAGGGGAGCACGCUUGUUUCACACGUUGUGCUCCCACCGGUGGGAGUUCAUAGAUCUGUUCAAUGAUACCAGGUCGGGAGAUAUUACUG